AUGGCUAGCCCUACAGUUCUCUCGUUCGAUACUGAGGGCCGCCCGAUUAAGUUUGAGACCUGGCUCGAUGAUCUGCACCUGUUCCUCCAGCUCACUGCCCGAGAGGAUAUCUCGCUGUACGAUCACGCACUAGGCACAGUCCCUACUCCUGCUACUACUACUGCUGCUACUACUCGCUCACAGUGGCAGACUCGCGAUGCCCACGCCUGCUUUGCUAUUCGCAACUCCCUGCCAGUAGACGAGCGCGAGCACUUUGGCCAGCAUCAGACUGCGCAGGCCCUCUACACUGCUGUAGUUGCGCGCUACUCCUCCCCGGCCUCAGCUGCACUAGGCCGCCUCUCGCUUCCCUACCUGUUCCCCGACCUGUCCGCCUUCCAGACAGUCGCUGACCUCAUCACUCACCUCCGCACUAGUGAUGCCCGCUUCCGUGCAGCCAUGCCCGCUGAGUUUCUUGCCUCCAACCCUCCCCCGCUCUGGCUCACUCUCUACCACCUAGUCACCCGCCUCCCUGACACUCUGCGUACAGUCAGGGACCACUUCCUAGCUCGCUGCCCCACUGAGCUCACCAUUGCCGCCCUAGAGAAGGAACUACUUGCAGCUGAGAAGAGUAUUGUAGCUGUAGGUGCCUCUCGUGGCGACCCCCGCACCCCUUUCUUCGAGGGGUGUCCCCCCUCCCCCCUGCUCCCCUCUGUCGCCUCUGCUGCUGCUGUCGACCUCCUUGGUCCUGAGCAGGUCGGUUCUGCGUCCGCUCCCAGCGGGCGCCGCAGCGGCAAGGGCAGGGGAGGCAAGGGCGGUGGGGGUGACGGCGGGGGAGGCGGUGGUGGGGAUGGUGGCGGCGGUGGGGGCGGUGGCGGGGCUGGAGGGGCUAGUGGCAGCGGUGGGGGUGGUGGAGGCAGCGGCGGCGGUGGUGGUCGGGGUGGGGGCGGUGGUGGUGGCGGCAGUGGACGUGGCGGCGGCAGGGGCGGUGGUGGUCGUGGUGGAGGCGGUGGUGGUGGUCGUGGAGGCUCUGGCCCUGGCCAGAGCGCGCAGCACCCUCAGUCCUCCCAGGAGCUUCGUGAGUGGUACUUACAGCACGGGGGUGGGGGGGGUAGCCUUAGCUGCACGUACGUCAUCCGCACUGGUCGCCGCAAGGGACAGACGUGCGGGAGGGCGCACACUGCGCAGCGCUGCUUCUCUCGCCUAGAUGACGCGUGGCAUGCUCAGUUUCCUGACGCUCCUGAGCUCCCUCAGUGGGCUGAUCUCCUCAAGAAGGAUAUCGAUAUCUAUGCUCUUGAUUUUGAUGUUAUUCUCAAAGCCAUGUAUGCAUUGACUAUUAGUGGAGAGGAGGACCAGUACCUGUGUGUUCCGCCUGACCCAGGCAUCCGCACGAGUGAGGCUGCCGCUCUAGGUACUUGCGCGUCCGCUGCCCCAGGUGCUGGUGAGGCUACUGCUCUAGGUGCUUGUGUGUCCGCCACCCCAGUCGCUGUCUCACUCGCUGACCCCUCUGGGGGUCCGGUCAUUGCGACCUCCUCCACCCUCCUUCCUUGUCCUGCUGUCCCGUCGGGCACACUGUCAGGUCUCCACCUCCCCUCGUUCUCUACGAACUUGGUGGCGGGUUGUGCGCUUCAGGAUGGGGGUGUUCACCAGUUCACCCCUGCCUACGAGCGCGUGACACACUGCACGUGUGCUCGGACGGGCCGUCACCUGGCUACCUUCACUCGACAGCCGGGGUCGGACCUGUACACACUGACCACUGAGUCCCCUCAGGUAGCGGCGUCUGCGUCUGCGUCUGCGUCAGGUCAGCUGUCUGCCCCCUGCUCGUGUCGCUCUCUAGCGCACAAGACUGUCCUCUGGCACCACCGACUUGGUCACCCGUCAGUGCAGCGCCUUCGGGGCAUGCACGCCCGGUACCUUGUCUCUGGUCUUCCUCGGGUACUCCCUCCCCUCCCACCCUCCCUUGCUCCUCCUUGUCUUCCCUGUGUCGAGGGGCGGCAGCGCGCUGCCCCUCACUCCUCCUCGUUCCCCCCGACGACUACUCCUUUGCAGACGCUCCACAUGGACGUGUGGGGCCCAGCCCGCGUCCGUGGUCAGGGCCAGGAGAGGUACUUCUUGAUCGUCGUUGACGACUACUCACGCUACACCACGGUCUUCCCCUUGCGCACCAAGGGUGAAGUCCCUGAUGUUCUGAUCCCUUGGAUCAGCAGAGCACGUCUUCAGCUGCGAGAGCGUUUUCGCUCGGAGUUUCCUGUCCUGCGCUUGCACUCUGACAGAGGUGGCGAGUUCUCCUCCGACCUCUUGGCAGCCUACUGUGCCGAGCACGGCAUUCGCCAGUUGUUCACGCUCCCGGCCUCUCCACAGCAGAAUGGGGUUGCUGAGCGCCGCAUUGGCUUGGUCAUGGAGGUCGCUCGUACCUCCUUAGUCCACGCGGCUGCCCCCCACUUUCUGUGGCCGUUUGCGGUCCGGUACGCUGCGCAUCAGCUUAACCUCUGGCCCCGUGUCUCCGCUCCGGAGACCUCGCCCACACUGCUGUGGACGGGGGAGGUUGGCGAUGCGUCACGCUUCCGUGUCUGGGGAUCCCGAGCUUUUGUUCGCGACACGUCUGCGGACAAGCUCUCCUCCCGCACUGCUCCGUGUGUCUUUCUUGGCUUUGUCCCGGAUGCGUCUGGCUGGCAGUUUUACCACCCCGCCUCGCACCGCGUCUUCCCCUCUCAGGACGUCACUUUUGACGAGUCCGUGCCCUUCUACCGCCUCUUCCCCUACCGCACUGCCCCGCUCCCUCCCCCGCCUCUCUUCCUCGCGCCAGGUGCUGAAGUGGUAGACCCCCUCCCCCCUCAGGGUGCCGCUCCCUCAGGUGUCUCUCAGGUAGACCCGGUUGAGCCUGCCGAGGUAGCUGUCGACUCGCAUCCUGCUAGAGGUGCUGAGCCUGAGCGUGCGGAGCCUGAGCGGGCGGAGCCUGGGGGUGCUGAGUCUGGGGGUGCUGAGGCUGGGGGUGCUGAGCCUGGGGGUGCUGGGUCUGGGGGUACUGAGACUGAGGGUGCUGAGCCUGGGGGUGCUGGGUCUGAGGGUACUGAGCCUGGCGUUGCUGAGACUGGGGGUGCUGAGCCAGGUGGUGUUGCAGUUGACUGUGAGGCGCCUGGAGGACCUCCCUCUUCGCAGCAGCUACGUGAGUGGUACUCACGGUACUGCAGCCUCCGGCGGGGUGCGUCUCGGGCUCGUGGUGCUACUGGAGUUGGUACUAGUGUUUCCCCACCACGGCGGGAGCCGCCCUCUUCCCCACAGCUUCGAGAGUGGUACGCUCGGCACAUCAGUCUCCGGAGUGGAGCUGCUGGUGCUGGGGUCCCCGGAGUUGACGCUGCUGCGGGUGCUGCGGACCCUGGUGCUGGAGGUGCUGCUGCUGCUGGCGGUGCUGCUGGAGGUGCUGCUAGUACUGAGGACCCGGGCGUUGGAGCUGCUGCGGGUGCUGCGGACCCUGGUGCUGGAGGUGCUGCUGCUGCUGGCGGUGCUGCUGGAGGUGCUGCUAGUACUGAGGACCCUGGUGCUGGAGGUGCUGCUGCUGCCGCUGGUGUCUCUGCUGGUUCGAGAGUUGCUGCACGGCCACGGCCGUACUUCGUUCCGCUCCUUCAGCAGGUUCUUGGUCAGCGUCCUCCUCCUUGUCCUCCUCUCGCCUUAGAGUGUCCGCCGUCUGUCCAGUCACAGCCACAGUUACCGCCUGCCUCCCCACUCCCUGUGCCUACUCCUUACACUGGUCCGACUGGAGGUCUUGCUGAGAGACGUGAGCCUGCGUCACGUCCUGUGUCACCUGCGUCUCGUCGAGCGUCGCCUGUUCGAGCUGCUACCACUGGUAGUCGUGUCCCGCGUGAGCGUCCUCCUGCUGUCCCAGGCACUCACCAGAUGGCGCUUCGUCAGUCCACUGCUCCGCAGCGUGUCACUCUCCCGUCGCCUCCUGCGUCCUCUCUUCCUGCUCUGGCUGACCCCGAGUCAGACUCCCUUCGCGCUGCCAGUCCUACUGUCACACGUCUCCUGGCUACGGUUGUCACUAACCCUUCCUUUGAGUCCGCUGCUGCGUCUGCCUUAGUCACUGAGCUUGUCGACUUUGCAGCUGCGUGUCGUCUAGACUACGCUGCGAGUCUUGUUGCUGAGUCUGAGUCUGUCUGA